GGGGAGGGGGAGGUGGAGUACGGGGCGGUCAAGGUGGUAGACACUUCUCUCUCUGCAUCUGAAGGCCACUUCGUUGAAGUCCUGUUUUGAACAGACUCCAGUCCUGGACUCCACUGAGACCACGCUGAGGUCGAGAUGCUCAUCAUGGGGGCUGUGCUGCUGUUACUAAUCGGUGUGGCUGAUGGCGUGAAGACCUUCUGUGACGCCACACAGCCACACAUCACGACCCAGUGCUUUGGCUCUCUGGGAGGAACCGUUGAGGUCCUGCUGCCUAAGACCUCACAAGAUGAUAUCUACAGACUGAAGAAAAACAAUGUUACGAUUUUACCAGACCGCAGUCAGACAACAAACAUUCGAUAUUCAUUUAAUGUCAGUACUGGAAUGUUUACUAUUAAGGAAUUCAACAGGACCGACAAGGGUACAUACUGGAUGGAAGUUCAUGAUCAGAGUGGAACUGAAAUAUCAAAGACACAGUUUCACUUAUCCAUUCAAGGCGUGAAGACCUUCUGCGACGCCACACAGCCACACAUCACGACCCAGUGCUUUGGCUCUCUGGGAGGAACCGUGGAGGUCCAGCUGCCUACUCACUCCCCACAUGAGCAUUGCUACACACUGAAGAAGAACAAGGUCCCGAUAGUUGAGGGCGAAAUCAAGUUAACAGACCCCCGAUAUUCAUUUAAUGUCAGUACUGGCGUCUUUACCAUAGCGGACCUCAAGAAGACAGACUAUGAUGCAUAUUCACUUGCAGCACAUAAUGGUGUUGAAAUAGCAACUAAACUUUUAUCCAUUCAGGGUGUGAAGACCUUCUGUGACGCCACACAGCCAAACAUCAUCACCCAGUGCUUUGGCUCUCUGGGAGGAACCGUGGAGGUCCAGCUGCCUAAGACCUCACAAGACCAUCGCUACGUACUGAAGAAAAACAAAGUUACAAUAACAGGCAACAUUCGCUAUUCAUUUAAUAGCGACACCAAAAUAUUUAUGAUAAUGGACAUCAACGCGUCAGACGGGGGUACAUACUCAAUGGAAGUACUGGAUAAGAAUGAAGCUCAAGUAAAAAAUACAACAUUUUAUUUAUCACUUCAAGGUGUGGAGACCUUCUGUGACGCCACACAGCCACACAUCACGACCCAGUGCUUUGGCUCUCUGGGAGGAACCGUGGAGGUCCAGCUGCCUAAGACCUCACAAGAUGAUAUCUACAAACUGAGGAAAAACAAUGUCCCGAUUGUAAAGUACAAAAGUCAGACAAAAAACGUUGAUUAUUCGUUUAACGUCAGCACAGGAAUAUUUACCAUAAACGACAUCAACAGGACAGAGGAUGGUACAUAUUCAAUUGAAGCACAAAAUAGAAAUGGAAUUAAUUUAUCAAACAUACAAUUUCAUUUAUCCAUUCAAGCCCCGGUCUCCUCUCCCCUCCUGUCCCGGGAGUGUCUGUCCCGGGGACAGCAGAGGGUGACCUGCUCUGCCGGGGGGGACGGACUCCACUACAGCUGGAGUCUAGACGGACUCCCGCUGAACGACCCGCGUCUCCUCUCCGGACCCAGUAGCGCUAGUGACGUCACUCUGGAGCCGGGCCGGUCGGGACUGCUCACCUGCUCGGUCCGCAACAACGUGAGCCACGCCGCGGCUAACAUCACCUUGUCUGUGUGUGACGGUGUGGAGACCUUCUGUGACGCCACACAGCCAAACAUCACGACCCAGUGCUUUGGCUCUCUGGGAGGAACCGUUGAGGUCCUGCUGCCUAAGACCUCACAAGAUGAUAUCUACAAACUGAAGAAAAACAAUUACCAGAUUUUACCAGACCGCAGACAGACAACAAACAUUCGAUAUUCAUUCAAUGUCAUUACUGGAAUGUUUGCUAUCAAGGAAUUCAACAGGACAGACAAGGGUACAUACUGGAUGGAAGUUCAUGAUCAGAGUGGAAACGAAAUAUCAUUCAACCUAUUUCGCUUAUCCAUUGAAGCCCCGGUCUCCUCUCCCCUCCUGUCCCGGGAGUGUCUGUCCCGGGGACAGCAGAGGGUGUCCUGCUCUGCCGGGGGGGACGGACUCCACUACAGCUGGAGUCUAGACGGACUCCCGCUGAACGACACGCGUCUCCUCUCCGGACCCAGUAGCGCUAGUGACGUCACUCUGGAGCCGGGCCGGUCGGGACUGCUCACCUGCUCGGUCCGCAACAACGUGAGCCACGCCGCGGCUAACAUCACCUUGUCUGUGUGUGACGGUGUGAAGACCUUCUGUGACGCCACACAGCCAAACAUCACGACCCAGUGCUUUGGCUCUCUGGGAGGAACCGUGGAGGUCCUGCUGUCUAAGACCUCACAAGAUGAUCUCUACAAACUGAAGAAAAACAAUGUCGUGAUUUUAUCAGACCGCAGUCCGACAACAAACAUUCGAUAUUCAUUUAAUGUCAGUACUGGAAUGUUUGCUAUAAAGGAAUUCAACAGGACAGACAAGGGUACAUACUCGAUGGAAGUUCAUGAUCAGAAUGGAAGACAAGUAUCAUACGCACAUUUUAGAUUAUCCAUUCCACGUGUGAAGACCUUCUGCGACGCCACACAGCCACACAUCACCACCCAGUGCUUCGGCUCUCUGGGAGGAACCGUGGAGGUCCUGCUGCCUACUCACUCCCCACAUGAGCAUUCCUACGCACUGAAGAAGAACAAGGUCCCGAUAGUUGAGGGCGAAAUCAAGAUAACAGACCCCCGAUAUUCAUUUAAUGUCAGUACUGGCGUCUUUACCAUAGCGGACCUCAAGAAGACAGACUAUGAUGCAUAUUCACUUGCAGCACAUAAUGGUGUUGAAAUAGCAACUAAACUUUUAUCCAUUCAGGGUGUGAAGAGCUUCUGCAACGCCACACAGCCAAACAUCACGACCCAGUGCUUUGGCUCUCUGGGAGGAACUGUGGAGGUCCUGCUGCCUAAGACCUCACAAGAUGAUCUCUACACAAUGAAGAAAAACAAAGUUCACAUAACAGACAACACUCGCGAUUCAUUUCAUAGCGACACCAAGAUAUUUUUGAUAAUGGACAUCAACGCGUCAGACGGGGGUACAUACUCAAUGGAAGUACGGAAUAAGACUGGAACUCGACUAGCAAAUACCAAUUUUAACUUAUCCAUUCAAGGUGUGGAGACCUUCUGCAACGCCACACAGCCACACAUCACGACCCAGUGCUUUGGCUCUCUGGGAGGAACCGUUGAGGUCCUGCUGCCUAAGACCUCACAAGAUGAUAUCUACAAACUGAGGAAAAACAAUGUCCCGAUUGUAAAGUACCAAAGUCAGACAAAAAACGUUGAUUAUUCAUUUAACGUCAGCACAGGAAUAUUUACCAUAAACGACAUCAACAGGACAGAGGAUGAUACAUAUUCAAUUGAAGCACAUAAUAGAAAUGGAAUUGAUCUAUCAAACAUACAAUUUCAUUUAUCCAUUCAAGCCCCGGUCUCCUCUCCCCUCCUGUCCCGGGAGUGUCUGUCCCGGGGACAGCAGAGGGUGUCCUGCUCUGCCGGGGGGGACGGACUCCACUACAGCUGGAGUCUAGACGGACUCCCGCUGAACGACACGCGUCUCCUCUCCGGACCCAGUAGCGCUAGUGACGUCACUCUGGAGCCGGGCCGGUCGGGACUGCUCACCUGCUCGGUCCGCAACAACGUGAGCCACGCCGCGGCUAACAUCACCUUGUCUGUGUGUUACGGCGUGAAGACCUUCUGCGACGCCACACAGCCACACAUCAUCACCCAGUGCUUUGGCUCUCUGGGAGGAACCGUGGAGGUCCUGCUGCCUACUCACUCCCCACAUGAGCAUUCCUACGCACUGAAGAAGAACAAGGUCCCGAUAGUUGAGGGCGAAAUCAAGAUAAAAGACCCCCGAUAUUCAUUUAAUGUCAGUACUGGCGUAUUUACCAUAGCGGACCUCAAGAAGACAGACUAUGAAGUAUAUUCAAUUGCAGCACAUAAUGGAAUUGAAAUAGCAACUAAACUUUUAUCCAUUCAAGGUGUGAAGACCUUCUGUGACGCCACACAGCCACCCAUCACGACCCAGUGCUUUGGCUCUCUGGGAGGAACUGUGGAGGUCCUGCUGCCUGCUAAGACCUCACAAGACCAUCGCUACGUACUGAAGAAAAACAAUGUUACAAUACCAGACAACACUCGCUAUUCAUUUAGUAGCGACAACAAAAUAUUUACGAUAACGGCCAUUAACGGGUCGGACAGGGGUGCAUACUUCAUGGAAUUACGGAAUGAGAAAGAAGUUCCAGUAGCAAAUACCAGUUUUUAUUUAUCCAUUCAAGGUGUGAAGACCUUCUGCGACGCCACACAGCCACACAUCACGACACAGUGCUUUGGCUCUCUGGGAGGAACUGUGGAGGUCCAGCUGCCUAAGACCUCACAAGAUGAUAUCAAACAGAAGAAAAACAAUGUCCCGAUUGUAGAGUACAAAAGUCAGACAAACAACGUUGAUUAUUCGUUUAACGUCAGCACAGGAAUAUUUACCAUAAACGACAUCAACAGGACAGAGGAUGGUACAUAUUCAAUUGAAGCACGAAAUGGAUUUAAUUCAUCAAAAAUACAAUUUAAUUUAUCCAUUCAAGCCCCGGUCUCCUCUCCCCUCCUGUCCCGGGAGUGUCUGUCCCGGGGACAGCAGAGGGUGUCCUGCUCUGCCGGGGGGGACGGACUCCACUACAGCUGGAGUCUAGACGGACUCCCGCUGAACGACACGCGUCUCCUCUCCGGACCCGGUAGCGCUAGUGACGUCACUCUGGAGCCGGGCCGGUCGGGACUGCUCAGCUGCUCGGUCCGCAACAACGUGAGCCACGCCGCGGCUAACAUCACCUUGUCUGUGUGUUACGGGCUCGUCCCUAUAAUCGCUGCUUCCCUGUCAGUGAUGGCUCUGCUCCUGAUAGUAGCAUUGGGAGUCUACUGCGCAAAAAAACACAAAACCUCAAAAGACACCACAGAAGCGGAAGAUGUAAUCUACGCAGACGUCUCUGUGCUCCAACGUCGGGGGCAGCGGAGAGAGCAGGGGGAGGGGGAGGGGGAGGUGGAGUACGCGGCGGUCAGGGUGGCUCCAGGCCCCAGGCGGAAGCUGGAGACCAAUGUGGACGAGUGUGUGUACGCUCAGCCCCGGAGGAAGAGGCCCUGAGAGCUGUGAACACCCAGAAGGACGCAUAGACAGACCUUUAGCCAGAGGGCCAGCAGCCUGUUGACCUUUGACCUGCCAGGGACACUUCUCUCUCUGCAUUUGAUAAUGGCAAGAUCUUUUUCAUUAUUAAUUAACUUUUUCCUCUCUUGUUGUUUUCCCUAGUGGUCGCUAUUAGAAAUAGAAUGUUAUACUGUUCUGCACGUUUAACUUUUGGAUUAUUAUACCUAGUAUGUAUUAUGCUAUUCUGCAUGUUGACGUAUUCUAUCAUUAUACCUCUUAUAUUUAUUAUACUAUUCUAAAUGCUUAACUAUGCUCUUUAUUUUGCACGUGAGCCUAAUUAUGAUAUAAAAUAACCAGCUAUCUAUCAACUGCUUCUUGGCAAAUGUAAUAUAAUCAUCUAUAAUUAUUUGGUUGUAAUUAAAACAUUUAAAUAAAACAAAUAUUCACCUA